CGUCUCCUUCCGCGUUGCUCACAUAUUAGCAUCAAGCGGCUGAUCUCCAGAAAGUAGCCUCACUUCAUCGGUUUAUUCGGACUCUGACCCUCAGUUGGACCACAACACUUAAACCGACAGGAGGAGAUAGACUUCCAAGGUCUCUGGGCAGAAAGUGUGGUCAGGUCUGGAUCAAGGUUGUUAAACAGUUAAUGCACAAGGUCAAGAGGCUGAAAACUGACGACAAAACAGAAGACGGACAAGAAAGCAUCAGAGACGCACUGGCAGGCAUGACGGGAGUGGAUGAGCUCUCAGACAGCACUGAGGUGGUGGAGAUGGAGGAUGUGAAUCCCAGCCACUUCCAGGUGGAGAAACACUCCUGGGACGGCCUGCGGAAGAUCAUCCACAGCAGCCGCAAAAACACAGGAAUGAUCGUCAACAAGGCACCGCACGACUUUCAGUUCAUUCAGAAAGACGAGGCCAGUCCGCACUCUCACCGCAUCUACUACCUUGGAAUGCCUUACGCCAGCCGAGAAAAUGCUUUACUCUACUCAGACAUUCCCAAGAAGGUCCGCAAAGAUGCGCUGCUCGUUUUGUCGUGGAAACCGAUGCUGGAUCAUUUUCAGGCCAGUCCUCACCACAGGGGCUUCUCUCGGGAAGAGGAACUGCUGCGAGAGAGAAAACGUCUGGGGGUGUCUGGCAUCACCGCCUAUGACUACCACCAACCCAGCGGGCUCUUCCUGUUCCAGGCCAACAACAGUCUGUAUUACUGCCGGGACGGCGCCAACAACAGUUUUAUUACUUCUCCGAUGAAUCCUACAGAGAUCAAGAGCCAGAAUUCAGGCACACGCAUGGACCCCAAAAUGUGCCCUGGGGACCCUAACUUUAUUGGUUUUAUCAACAACAACGAUAUUUGGGUGACAAAUAUAAAGACCGGAGAAGAGAGGAGACUGACAUUCUGCCAUAAAGGUAUUGAUAACCCUAAAGAUGAUCCUAAAUCAGCUGGUGUAGCCACUUUUGUCACCCAGGAAGAGUUUGACCGCUUCACUGGAUACUGGUGGUCUCCAGCUGCUCGUGAAGAGCCAGAUGGUGGGAAGACUCUGCAAAUUCUGUAUGAGGAGGUGGAUGAAUCUGAGGUGGAGAUUAUCCAUGUCCCAUCUCCGGCUCUGGAAGAGCGGAAAACAGACAUCUACAGAUACCCACGUGCAGGCAGCAAAAAUCCUGAAAUCACUUUGAAGAUAGCAGAAAUCAAAGCAGACAGUCUUGGAAAGAUUAUCAGCACACAGGAAAAAGUGUUACCUGUUCCAUUUACCUGCCUGUUCCCCAACAUAGAGUAUGUCACCAGAGCUGGAUGGACAAAAGAUGGUCGAUAUGCGUGGGUGGUCAUGAUGGACCGUCGGCAGCAGAAUCUCCUGUUAGUCCUGCUUCCUCCAGCACUUUUCAUCCCGGCUCAGCAGGACAAAGCUAAAAGACAAGAGAGCCUGCAGGCUCUUGGAGACUCAGUCCAUCCCUUCAUCAUCUACAGAGAAGCCAGUGAUAUCUGGAUUAAUGUGCACGACAUCUUCCAUCCUAUCGUCCAAACCUCUGAUGAUGAGUUAACCUUCAUCACAGUAAAUGAGUCUAAAACAGGCUUCUGCCACUUGUAUAAGAUCACAUCAGUAUUACAGCGGGGCAGCUACAACUGGGCUAAAGGAUACACUCACUCUGAAGAUGAUUUUAAGUGUCCAGUUAAAGAAGAAGUGACAGUGACCAGUGGGGAAUGGGAGGUGCUGGCCAAUCAUGGAGCAAAGCGUUCUUGCAGCCCUCAGAUUUGGGUGGACGAGGAGGCAAAGCUGGUCUACUUCCAGGGAACUAAAGACUCUCCUCUAGAGCACCACCUGUAUGUGGUGAGCUAUGAGGCGCCGGAUGAAAUCAUCAGACUUACCAAACCCGGAUUCUCCCACAGCUGCUCUGUGAGCCAGACCUUUGAUAUGUUUAUCAGCCAUUAUAGCAGUUUGACCACUGCUCCCUGUGUUCACAUCUACAAGCUGGUGGGCUCGGACAGUGACCGGCUGCACAAAGAACCUCAGUUCUGGGCGAGCAUGAUGGAGUCUUCCGGCUACCAGUUUGAUGCUCCCCCGCCAGAAAUCUUUAGCUUCACAGGGAAGUCGGGCUUUGAGCUCUACGGCAUGUUGUACAAACCAAACAACCUGGUCCCUGGAAGGAAGCAUCCCACUGUUGUCUUUGUCUACGGUGGUCCACAGGUGCAGUUAGUGAAUAACUCCUAUAAAGGAGUGAAGUACCUGCGGCUAAGCACGCUUGCUUCUCUGGGUUACGUAGUGCUGGUUAUCGAUGGGCGGGGAUCAUGCCAGCGAGGACUCAAGUUUGAAGGAGCUGUAAAGGACAAGAUGGGUCAGGUUGAAAUUGACGACCAGGUGGAAGGUUUGCACUACAUAGCUGACAAGUAUAAGUUUGUGGACCUGAGUCGCGUCGCCAUCCACGGCUGGUCGUAUGGAGGCUUUCUCUCCCUCAUGGGCCUCAUCCACAGACCAGACAUAUUUAAGGUUGCCAUCGCAGGAGCUCCAGUGACGUUGUGGAUGGCCUAUGACACCGGGUACACAGAGCGAUAUCUGGACACUCCUGAAAAAAACCAGAAGGGAUAUGAAGCAUGUUCCGUCGCCCUGCAUGUCGACAAACUUCCCAACGAGCCCAACCGACUGCUGAUCCUGCAUGGGUUUCUAGACGAGAAUGUACACUUUUUCCACACCAACUUCCUGGUGUCGCAGCUCAUCCGGGCAGGAAAACCGUACAACCUUCAGAUUUAUCCCAACGAACGUCACAGCAUCAGGUGUCCGGAGUCCGGAGAGCAUUACGAGAUUAGUCUGCUGCACUUCCUCCAGCAGAACCUCUGAUAAGCCUUUCCACACGCACUAACCUUCCCUUCCUACCCUCCUCUCUUUUCUCACUUUUAAGCAUUUAUCCUAACCUGUUUCAACACUGUACUUAAUUUUAUGAUCAGCAGAAUGAAAUCUACACCGAACCUCAUCACACAUCAACAGUCGUUCACCGGCAUUUUCAGCAUCAAAAUAAUGCCUCCAGAGACUCAAUUCACAGACCUCCGGUUCUCUUUCAUGUUGCGUUCAGCAAUCAAGUGAAUGUUGAACGGUUGAAUUAAGCUCCGCCACCAGCAGAGGUCCCUGUUCUCCCAAAACAAUGAAACAAAACUUGUUGGGCAGAAAUCCAUCAACGGGAGUAAAUUUUGAUGUUUAAAAUGCUGCUUUGUCUACUGUCAUUAUCAAUGCAUAAAUAUGUAAGUGGACCAUUUUUGCGCUGUUUUGGAAGAGAUUUUUUUGUUUUUUUGUGCCAUUUAUUUUUAUCAACUAAUUUCUGUGAAUUAAUUGAGAAAACGUACUGUUCUGCCUCUGAAUACAAACAUGAAACUCUUUUAGAGCAAACAAGCAGCUCUUAACCCCCCUCCUGGUUGCACACAUUCUUGUUUUUUGCUUUGAUAUUUGUCUCUUAUCUCCUGCCUAUCACAGCUUAUAUUUUAUGCAGUUAUUCCAGGAAAACAUUAAAUUUCUCAUUUUUACUGGGUUAUUUAAAAAAUUUUUUAGAAAUAGUGGGAGUUAUAUGGGAUCUGUUCCUGAUUGCUCGCUUUAACUUCCUGAAGAGCUUUCCUUACCUCUGCUGCUGAGGACCUUUUGAACAUUACAUUAUAUUUACCUUUGUGCCAAGAAACUGACCUGAAAGAUAAUGUUUGAGACAACUGAGAUGCCUUGUAAGAGUUUAGGAGCAUCUGCUCACAUUGAAAAUAAAUCAGGGAAUCAGUCAAAAGGCUCGACGCCAGUGUGAGUCUUACGCCUUGUUAUCAUCUGCUGAAUUACAUGGUUAUAAAUGUACUCAGUUAUUGGAUAAAUAAACUGAAGUGAACAAUCUUUUUCA